CUUCAAUCAAUAUCACUACUGCAGUCUACAAUAACGCUACGUUGUUGUUCAUCAAUGGCGCUCCAUGUCUAGAGGUUUAGGUUUCUUUAAUAUCAACAGAGUACUUUUUUGAAGAAAAAAAAAAUCUAGAUAUCAUGACGAAGAAAAACCCGACCAUUGAUGUAGAUGUAGAUGCCACGCUUGAGGAGGCGAAAUCCGUUUUAUCCACUCAGUCAAACUUAAUGGAAUCAACCAUAUUUUCAGAAAGUAAGAAGAAUUUCUUGAAAGUUUUCCGAUGCUCCCGUACCUCUGUGUCAGCCCCUCAGUCCCGGUCGAGCUCCAUCAGGAAAAUCAGAGCAGACGACAACGAUCAGACGCGGGAAAGGAGGAGAAAUAGUUUACCGCUCGAUUGCUGCAAAACAAACACGUUACCAUUUUCUGGUGUGGGUAGCCAUAAACGUGCUUGGUCCCGAGAAAAUUUCCAACGGGUGAGAUCUUUUAAACUGACCUCCAAAGGACUUGUAAAUCAUGGUGAUUCUUUUAGAAACAGAGAAAGAAACAAGCUAUCUACGUCGAGUGGAUCUUUUAAAAGGAACAAACGACAGCGGCUUCCCAGUGAAACUUCCAUUGAUACGGACAGUAGCGGGAGCUAUACUAACGAGUACUACAGAAUAGCGAUCCUCGGCGCCCACAGUGUGGGCAAAACGGCGCUCAUGAACCAGUUCAGUACAUCAGAAUACAUUGGCGGACAAGAUGCCACCGAUAACAGCGUCUCCAUGAAUGUGUCGGUGUUGCUUGAUGGUGAGGAAUCGUCGCUAGAAUUCUGGGACGCACGUGUACACGAGGAUGUUGGUGAAAGUUUCUUUGACGCUUUCAUUUUUGUGUUUUCCGUGGAUGACGUAGAGACGUUUGAGAGGGCUGAGGAAGCCAUGCACAGACUGAGGCAUGAUUUAGGGUCCGAUCGACCGAUAGUUCUUGUUGCCAACAAAAUUGAUCUCGUACGCAACCGGAAGGUCACAUCGGAAGAAGCGAAGCAAGUCGCCAAUCAACAUGAUGCAAAAUAUGUCGAGACUUCCGUAACGUUACAUCAUCAUGUCGACGAACUCUUGGUCGGAAUCAUUCGCCAAAUCCGGAAGCAGUUGAACGUCACAUUUCCGGAUAUUUCGCCACUUUUUAAUAAGAAACAAAAAUAUACAAAAGGACCAAGAAACUUUCUUAAAAGAAUUUUAAGACUGAACAAGAAAAACAAGGAACCCGUGGAAAACGUGAUUGAAUACUGACCAGUGUUAUAUCGAAUUAAUACUGACCAGUGUUAUAUCGAAUUAUUUUAUGUAAAAGUUGAUGUACAGAUUAUGACUGUGAUAAAUUCUACAUUGCCAAAUAUUUACUGUGUAUAUAUAUAUAUAUAUAUAUAUAUAUAUAUAUA